ACAGCGUCACUAUUGCUUGAUCUCCAGCAGUCCAACUGUGGCAUUGUGGCUCAUGCAAGAUUUAAUGGAAAACACUGCAAACUACUCUAAUCCCACUGGACGUAUCUAAAUGGACUCGGCCGGAUUUUCUUCUCGAAAACUUUUUUUCACUAAUGUUUCCUGGAUUGGUGAAAAUGCUGGAACUCUGUGAGCUAAUAUUGCUUCAGCCCUGAGGACAGUUUGGAUACAUCUUUUUGGGAGAACAUGCUGUCGUUGCCCACACCAGACGAACUGCCAUCAACAAUCAAGUCUUGGGAAACAUGGGAAGCCACCACAACCUUUUGAAUACAAACAAGACGUCAAAGGUGUAAAAUGUGACUGCAAAGCAAAUCAUAUUUUUUUAUUUAUUGAGAAAAUUUAUGAUGCUUGUAAGAAGUGCAGAUUCUUCAGUUUUGGUAACUAACUAACUUUGGUAACCAGCUGACUGUGAAUAAUGGAUGGCAACCUGAGCACUUCAGCAUCCUAUGUGCUUAACAGAACAGAGCCCUAUCACGCUGCUCUGGGACCCUGGAGCCUCAUCAUACUGGUCAUCAUCAUACUGACGAUAGUGUUGGGAAACCUGCUCGUCAUCAUCGCUGUGGCUCGCACGUCACAGCUACAGACCACCACAAACAUUUUCAUUAUGUCCCUGUCUUGUGCGGACCUCAUCAUGGGGGUCCUCGUGGUGCCUCUGGGGGCCACUAUUGUAGUGACAGGUAACUGGCAGCUCAGUGACACAUUCUGUGAGUUCUGGACUUCUGUGGACGUCCUGUGUGUGACGGCGAGCAUUGAGACGCUCUGCGUCAUCGCAGUGGACCGGUAUAUAGCCAUAACGAGGCCGCUCCGAUACAAUAUGCUACUUAAUAAGUGGCGCGCCAGGGUAAUAGUUUGUUUAGUGUGGGUUGUGUCCGCUUUAAUUUCCUUUGUGCCAAUCAUGAAGGGGUAUUGGCGUGAUAAUGACGACCCAGCAGCGAGGGAGUGCUAUGAAACCCCUACAUGCUGCGACUUUGUGACAAACAGGGCCUUCGCCAUUAUAUCCUCUAUAGUGUCUUUUUACAUUCCACUGCUCAUAAUGAUAUUUGUGUAUGCAAAAGUCUUUCUAAUAGCCACACGGCAGGUCCAGCUUAUAGAUAAGAAUCGCAUGCGUUUCCAGAAUGAGUGUCAAACAGCACAGUUACAAGUUGGCCUCCACAUCAACAAUAUCCUGCCGACGUCGUGUGCAGGUUCCAGCAGUGUAGCGCGGAGAAAGAGUGCCAAGCGCAGGCCUUCCCGGCUGAUGCUCGUCAAAGAGCACAAGGCGAUCAAGACUUUGGGAAUCAUCAUGGGGACCUUUACUGUGUGCUGGCUGCCAUUCUUUGUGGCCAACAUCAUAAAUGCAUUUGAAAGAGACAUUCCCUCAGAGAGGAUCUUCCGACUGUUAAACUGGCUGGGUUACAUCAACUCCGGCCUCAAUCCUAUCAUCUACUGCAGGAGUCCGGAGUUUCGUACUGCUUUCAAGAACCUCCUUGGCUGUCCGUGGCUGUACACCCCGCGGCUCAAUGCUUUCUAUAAAGAGUUGCGGACGCGCUGCUCCUGCUUUCUGUGGCAGGCUGAGUCAGGCACAGCCGGCUCUUUCCACAAGUCUCCCAGCAGUAGGACUGAGGGCAACGAGAGAGUGGCGAGUACUCAGGGAAGCAUUAAAAGUGAGGAGGCUUCCCUCGGUCCUCUGCAGUCUAACGGCAACACGCAGUUCAGCGAAUUAUCAGAACCAGAACCCAAAUUCUCCAGAUUGGAGGAAAAGGACGGAUGAACUGUAAAAUGUCGAGCUACUGAGGCAAACAAUGUUCCCCGGCUACUACUGUGAGUACUUUGAAGACUAGAACCAAACAGCAACGAGGACAAGUUGAAGUACCACCACUGGCUGAUAAAGGUAGCUGAACUGAGCUAAACCCAAACAGAGGACUGGUCUGACUGUGGAGAAACAGCUGGUUUUGUUUGGACGGGAUUACGGUGACUGUCUCCAUGGACAGAAGUGCAACCUUUAAAUGUGUUCCAGUUAACCUUUGGACACAGAAUGUGGCCUGUGGUUUCUAAAAUGACAGCGUGAACUAAUGUUGUACAGUAUAUUACCUGGUAAGUUAUCGAGUGUAUUUGUAAUACACUGAAUCUGUAGCAAAGUACAAAAGUUGUCUAACUUAAUAAAAGGUCAUGAUUCUGGCAGGACUGUCUUUACUGUCAUUGCACAAACUCAAACUUGUCAGUGUAGUAUGAGCUGAACCAAAGGGCUGUGCAUUCAAAUAUUCUGCUCCUGUGUCUGUUUUCAGUCUUAAUCUUUUUGUCUUGAGUCUGGACUUUGUAUCCACACAAUAAUUAUCUUGCUUAAGUUUCCUCAUCUAUCUUUAAGUGGCGAUCUCCAAGAUUUCCUGGUUAAUUUGGUGACACCUGUAGGUCCUGGUGGUAUUAACUGCGGUUUAACACUAUGGGUCGCAGAGGCCUCGGGGCAACAAAACAAACUACUGUCGUUUUAAUUAAAACAAGGUAAGGCAAUAAUUGGUCUUUUUCCAUCAUUCUGUGAGAAUCUGUGAUCUGAUGUCGCGCUGCACACAGCGCGAGUCUGCAGACAGCAGGGCACAGGGAGAAUAGCUGGUCCUCGCUAAUUUGGAGGUGUGCAGCCUGUCGCCUGCAGCUCUCCAUCUAACAGCUCACUGUGGCUACUCCUCACUCCCUGCAAUAUUUCAAACUGAUCCACUGUCAAAAAAUGCCAAAAAUGACCCAUCAUUUUGUUUUUAUAGGCUAUUUUUUAUGAAAAAUGGUAGUAAGUGCAUUGAGCUAUAACAGUAAUAAAAAUUUGCUUUGAAAAAGGAAACAUUACCAAUAAUUAAAGUUUUACCUAAAAAUAAAACACAGGCUUUAAUCUUGAAGGACUGUGGGUCAAGAAGAGCCAGUCCUUCUUCAUUAUGUGGAUUUCAUGUAAAACAUGCUCUCCUAGCCUCAAAUAUUGACAAGAGGCAAAAAGCA